AUGAAUAGUGCAUUGACACCUCCUGGUACUGCUCCAUUACCAGAAGCUCACAAGGUUGAUAUGGCAAAGAAAAACCCUCAAGAGCCUAAAGAGCCGAAAGAGACUAAGGAGUCUAACUAUGUCCAUAGAGACAAGUAUGGCCGUGGCCGUGGAGGAGGUGGACGUGGUGGCUCUGGUCGUGGGAACUACCAAGGGCACAAGUUUGGUGGUCAAGGCCGUGGAAACCGAUUCGGCUUCGGCCGUGGUCGGGGUAGAGGCCGCGCAAGCCUAAUUGAAAGUUACGGCCAGGCUAAUAUUUUGCUACCUAAUGGCACACAUCUUGAAAUAAGUGAUGCCUUGUAUUCACUCAGCUCAAAGAGAAGUUUAUUGAGCUUUAAGGACAUUCGUUUGAAUGGUUUCCAUGUUGAAACAAAGGGUGAAGGANCACCUCCUGGUACUGCUCCAUUACCAGAAGCUCACAAGGUUGAUAUGGCAAAGAAAAACCCUCAAGAGCCUAAAGAGCCGAAAGAGACUAAGGAGUCUAACUAUGUCCAUAGAGACAAGUAUGGCCGUGGCCGUGGAGGAGGUGGACGUGGUGGCUCUGGUCGUGGGAACUACCAAGGGCACAAGUUUGGUGGUCAAGGCCGUGGAAACCGAUUCGGCUUCGGCCGUGGUCGGGGUAGAGGCCGCGGUACAUUUUAA